CUCUCUGCUUCACACUGCGCACUGACACCUCUUCAUUCUCAGCUACAGAGACACACCGUGGGUCUACAGACACAACGUCCUCUGACUAAAAAGUAGCUCGCGUUAUUUCUGCCUUUCCUUCUGCAUAGCGCUUUUGACUGGACUUUCCUUGUGGCCACAGAGCGUCUUGGAUGCAGCUGUGGGAUUUAAUCGCUGUCAUGUCCAUUGACUGAACUGAAGAGUCUAAUCGCAUUACGCUGCUAUCAUGGAUACUAUCGGAGUUUCAUUUCUAGACCCGCUGGAGGACUAUGAGAUCAUUCAGAGGAUCGGCAGUGGCACAUACGGUGAUGUGUUUAAGGCAAGGAACAUCAAGACCUCAAAAAUGGCUGCUAUUAAAAUUGUUAAGCUGGAUCCGGGAGAUGACAUCACAUCUAUUCAGCAGGAGAUCACUACAAUGAAGGAGUGCAAGCAUAAGAAUAUUGUGGCCUAUUAUGGCAGCUACCACAGAAACACAAAGCUGUGGAUCUGCAUGGAGUACUGUGGAGGAGGAUCAUUGCAAGACAUCUACCAUGUGACUGGGCCCCUGAAGGAGAAACAGAUUGCGUAUAUCUGUAGAGAAACGUUGCAGGGUUUAAAUCAUCUACAUGAAACUGGCAAAAUUCAUCGUGAUAUUAAGGGUGCCAACAUACUUCUUACUGAGCGAGGAGAUGUCAAACUGGCUGACUUUGGCGUUGCUGCAGAGAUCAGUGCCACUGCUGCCAAGAGGAAAUCUUUUAUUGGAACGCCCUACUGGAUGGCCCCUGAGGUUGCAGCUGUGGAGAAGAAAGGUGGCUAUAAUCAUUUGUGUGACAUUUGGGCUGUAGGCAUUACUGCCAUUGAGCUGGCAGAGCUGCAGCCACCCAUGUUUGAUCUUCAUCCCAUGAAAGCUCUGAUGCUGAUGUCCAAGAGCAACUUCCAGCCUCCUAAACUGAAAGAUAAGGCAAAAUGGUCUUCAGGGUUUCAUAGCUUUGUGAAGAUGUGUUUGACGAAGAACCCUCGUAAGAGGCCAACAGCGGAAACUCUUUUACAGCAUUCCUUUGUUACUCAGCUACUAACAAGAAACCUAGUCAUCGAGCUGCUGGACAUGGCCAACAACCCAGAUCUCCACCAGGCUCCCAGCAUUGAGGACAAUGAUCAUGAUGCUAAUGAAGCUACCCCAGAUAAGAUCCAGUCAAAGGGAAAGUCUUUACCCGUAGAGAGAAGUCUCUCUGAGGAACAGUUUGAUCAGGUUAAAUUUGCACCUCUGAGGAGGAAAGAGACAGAUCCUUAUCCAGAUCUGAAUUCAUGUGAUGACUGGAGCAUUUCAGGAGAUGAAGCUGAGUCGCCGAGUCUCUUGGAGUGUGUGGAAGAGGAGCUGCAGCAGAGGAGCCUGACAAUAAAAGAACAAUCAUCUUUUGAGUGGGGGAAGAGGAAAAGUGGAUUAUUCAGUCCUCCACCAGUAUUAGCCACUGCAUCGCUUCCUCCCAUGAGCAAUUUCAGUACAGCUCAGCAGGGCACAGAUCUAACCCUGAGACCCAGUGCUACCCUAAAGCCUGAUACAACACUUCGGCCCAAAUCAGCUCUGAUAAGAUGCUCGGCCAGUCAUGACGUGCGGCAGUGGGACAGUGACCCUUGUGUUCCUGAGGAUGGUGAUAAUCAAGACAAGCAGCAAAGCCUUAACACCAGCAAGGACACAGCUCUCUCUCCUGAGUGGAGCACAAUGAGGAAGAAAGCAGAAGAUUCGAGAGCUGAUUCUCAUGGACUUCCUCCUACCCCCCAAGUCCAUAUGGGGGCGUGUUUCUCUAAAGUGUUCAAUGGCUGCCCGUUAAGCAUCCACUGUGCUGUGACAUGGGUUUUUCCAAAAACAAGAGAUCAAUACCUGAUACUGGGGGCAGAGGAGGGAGUCUACACACUCAACUUAAAUGAGCUUCAUGAAGACACUUUGGAAAAGUUACUUCCACAGAGAUGUACAUGGCUAUAUGUCAUGAACAACGUCCUCAUGUCUGUCUCUGGAAAAUCAUGUCAGCUUUACUCUCAUAGUCUGACAGCUCUGUUUGAGCAACGUGGACAUGUCCAGAGGAAACCAAGUCACUUAUCCCUGAGCACCAACCGCUUCACAGACAGAAUCAUCCACAGGAAGUUUGCAGUGUCUCUGAAAAUCCCAGACACUAAAGGCUGUCGAAAGUGCAGUGUUGCUCGUAACCCGUAUACAGACAGCACGUUUCUUUGUGCGGCUGUGCCCUCUGGGCUUGUUCUGCUCCUGUGGUAUGAGCCCCUGCAGAAAUUCAUGCAUCUAAAGCACAUAGCUGUAAGCCUGCCUGACCCUCUGGUCAUUUUUGAGCUGCUGGUUUUGGUCACAGAUGAGCUUCCUCAGCUCUGUGUAGGUGUGAGGGAAUGCCAGCCCAGAAGUGAUGACCCUCAGACAAAGCAACAACUAAAGUUUGACAUAAUUGAACUGAACGGCUCACCAAAUUCCAAUUCAGAUAGUGAAUGUGUGAAAGCAGGACAGGUAACACAGCUGGACAGAGAUACAGUCCUGAUUGCAUUAGAAAAAACAGUGAAGAUUGUCAAUCUGAAGGGUGUUCCAAGCAUGGAUCUAGCCUCAGAAAUGGAGUUUGGUUUCCCUAUUAAGACUUUAGUUUGUCUGCAAGAUAGUGUUUUAGCUUUCUGGAAGCAUGGACUGAAAGGACUCAGCCUGCACAACUGUGAGAUAACACAAGAAAUUACAGAUGAAACUCGAGUAUUUCGGGUCUUAGGAACAAACAGAGACAUUGUUUUAGAAAGCACCCCAACUGACAACCCUUCAUCACCCAGCAAUUUAUAUAUUUUGACUGGUCAUGAGAACAGCUACUGAAAGGAGAGAAACAACAAGACCUGGAGAUGGAGAGAAAUGCCAAAAUCAUUCUGGAGUAAUAUCAAAUCCAUCAAGUAAAGCUUUAUUUUCAUCUGUCUGAAAUGUAAACCUGAUCUGUAACAGAUGGACCCUCCGCAUAAAGGAAAAGGCUGUUGGUCUGAGUGUCACCAAGGCAAGAUACCAAGACAUCUCCGCACUGACAAAUGCACAUUGUCUAAAUGCACUGAAAACCCCAAAUAGAGCUAUGGAGGGCUGCUUUAUAGCCAUUCAUUCUGCCAUCUGUGUCCUUGCACCUUAUCUUAUUAUAAAAUGGUUUAUUUUAAGAUGGUACAUUAUAUGUAAGAAGCACUAUCAGUGAAGUCAGAUCUGACUGAAAUACAAAAAGACUGAUUCAUAACUUAUUAUUCUUAUGAUAGAUAUGAUAGUAUUUAGAUGUUUAACACCUUUGCAGAUCUUAACUGAAAGAUCAACGUAAAAGAUUUCUAUAUGAAUAUUUCUUGAGUUAACUGUUUGCUAACUGUCUCCUACAUUACCCACAAUGCUGUCCGACUACCUGUUGAUAGUGAGGCCAGUGGGAUCCAUCCCUACUGCUGCAGCUUUACGCUUUUGUCUUUUGGUCUGUUAGUGUUUAAGCUCUCUCACCUACUCAUCAGCACACUCAGCUUAAACAGAUAAGUCUCCAAAGCUUCUUCAAUUCUAAUACUGCCAUGAUUUCCAUCGUAAUGUAGAUGUCCAACUAGCUGUGCCAAGCCCAGUUUGACUGCAUUGUGUAGCUGCAUUCCUUUCUGGAACUUUCUGUGUAUAUUGUUUUCAGUCUCUUCUAUUUCAGUGUUGGCGCUGUCAUUAUUGUGAUGUUGAACCUUGCUGGAAAAGGUCUGGCUAUUUUGCGUUUAUAAGCUAGCAUCGAAAGAUGAUUGUUUAUCACUUACGUUUGAGGUGCUCUCUUAUUAAGUGGCAAUGCUUCCAUUUACUGGAGGCACAGACACUAACUAUUCAAAGGAAUAACAAAAAUGCAGCACCAACCAUAAUCACUAGGCAUAUCGUAAAUAUUUCAUUAUAAAUAUAUUAAAUGGGAUUAAAGGUGGCUUCCUUUAAAAGGAAAUUAGCUUAAAAAUCAAAUGUACAUAACAGUGAAGGGAAUCUAGCAGCUAGAUGCUGAUUUUUAAUCUGAUAAAAGGGAAUGUGAGUUUAACUAUAAUAAACUGGUACACAUGGGCAAAAAUGUUAAAGUAUGCCUUGUACAUUUAUGCAUUUACCUCAUUUACAAAAAAAAAAAGUAUUUAAAAUGUAAAUAAAGAUCAUAGAAGUUAGAACAUGUUGUCACUGGACUGGGUGAAGUACAAUAUCUCAUAUGAGGAUGCUUAUACUAGCGUUAGAUUGUUUUGUGAUACUGAUGAGAAUCGAGGAUACACAAAAUGUAAGGGAAUGAAGCUUUAUUUAAGCUUCACUAUUUUCAAGCAGAGGUCAGUGAUUUUUCUUCUCAUUUGUUAAGACAGUAACUCUGCCAGUGUCUACACACACUAACUGGUCUGGCCUUGGACUGAAUUUGCUGGGAUGCCCACUCUUGGGAAGAAUUGCAAAUAUCUUGAAGGCUAUUCACUUGUAAACAAUCCUCUCUGUAGAAUUUUGAAUUUGGAGAUGUUCUUACCAGAUUGUUAAGCAGCACCAACUCCUUCUUUGAGAAGGAGGAGAAGAAGAACUCCUCUGUGAAGAUGUAGACACACACCUGAGUGCUCCAAUACACCAAAAUGCCAAAUAUUCUGCUCUUUAAUAGCGGCAUUCACACUUCUUGAUGAUAAACUAAUCUUGUGCUUUUCAUUAAUAACACCUUGCUGCUCUCAUAAUGAUUGUGGAAGAGGAAGGGUGAACUUAUUUCCUCACUGAUUUUUGAAUGUUGGUUUUCUUUUUUGGGAAAAAUAUUAAAUAUCUUUUUUAUCUGUUAUGUUAAUAUUGAAAAUACUGAAAUCUGUUUGGGUUUUUAUGUUUGUUUUUGUCACCUGAGUUUAUUUGUUUGUUUAUAGAAGUUGAUGAGGAUCGCACGACUGUUAUUUAGGCCCU